CACACACACACACUGGUGUUUUCACUAAUAAGAAAAAAUCCACAGUAGCUGUCGACGUCCUCAAAUGCUCAGUCAAUAACCACCUGCCCACGCCACAGGAUGCAGAGAAAUGUUUCCGCCUGUUUUGCUUUUAUUCUGGUGACGCGUGGAUGUAGACGGAGCCGCUGAUUGUUUUUCAACUUUGACAGUCUUGCUUCCGUCUUUUUUGACAUAUUUAAGGUGCGAUUUUUUGUUUUUUUCCUCGGGGGAAAGCGCCUGGUGGUUGUGUUGAUCAUGUUUGUGAUUCGAGCAUCAUCAUCAUCGUCGGAGGAGCUGCUGCUGGAGGCUGGCAGACACCGGCACUGAGCGGCGGAGCGGCGGAGCGGCGGAGAGCUCUCAGACACCGGGCGCGUCUUUUUUUUCUCUUGGACACAUCUCUCUCGGAGACAACUGUGUGUGCGUGUGUUUUUAGCGCACUCUUCUUCUUCUUCUUCUUCUUUGGUGGUGUUGCGAUGUCCACGAGGAAGACAUCGUUGACGGACAAGCAGGCUAGAAACGGGACGUCCAAAUAUGUGUUGGAGAGAUGCGCUUCUGUUAACGAGUAUUAUGAUAUUGCCUUCAAGGUGAUGCUGCUGGGAGACUCGUCCGUGGGGAAGACGUGCGUCUUGGUGCGCUUUAAGGACGGGGCAUUUCUGGGAGGCAACUUUAUAGCCACCGUUGGAAUAGACUUUAGGAAUAAAGUGGUGGAUGUCGACAACCUGAAAGUCAAACUCCAGAUCUGGGAUACAGCUGGCCAAGAGAGAUUCCGCAGCGUAACGCACGCCUACUACAGAGAUGCCCAGGCGUUACUUCUGCUUUAUGAUAUCACCAGCAAGCCGUCGUUUGACAAUAUCAGGGCUUGGCUGACUGAGAUACACGAGUAUGCCCAGAAGGAUGUGGUCAUCAUGUUGCUCGGCAACAAGGCAGAUAUGGCUGCAGAGAGGGUCGUGAAGACGGAGGACGGAGAGAGGCUGGCGAAGGAAUAUGGUGUACCAUUUAUGGAGACCAGUGCGAAGACAGGAGUCAAUGUGGAGCUGGCCUUUCUCGCUAUAGCAAAGGAGCUGAAGCACAGAGCGACGGAGGAGCAGCAGAAUGAGCCCAAGUUCCAGAUACACGACUACAUCGAGUCUCAGAAGCACAAGUCUGGCUGCUGUGGCCUCAUGUAGCUGAUCCUGAUCACCAGGCAGACAGAGACACAGAGAGAGAAAGAGAGAAAGGGAGGGAGGGAGUGGGGACGAGGUAAAAAAAGAAGUCUGCUCUCUUUACAAAAAGCCAAUCCCAGCACCAAUCCUGAGAAGCGGACGACCUCGUCUUCUCUACUGAGCUUUUUAGCUUGAAGUGAAUCUGGAUUGGCAGGCCAUCCCCUAUCUGAAAUGUGAAUUUAAAUCUUGUUUAUGUCAUGCGUAGAAAUGUUUGUGGUCUUUGUGGUGACAGUUGUAUCAAACUACAAGUCAGGAGUUGCAAUCUGAAAUGCAAUAUCCAUCUGCAGGGACAAACAGAAAGCAUCAUUCUAUUCUGCAUAGCUGCAAACUCAAAACUCCUCGUUUUGGAUGAAAAAUAUGGCACCGUCGUGAUCUGUGUAGAUUCAGAGAGUUUAUUAUUUGGGGGGGAGGAGGUGUUCACGCUCUGCUAGGCAGACAAUUUGCACCUAAAGGGUAACUACACCCUCAGGUUCUGCUUGAACCUGGAGUGUCAGUACAAAAUAUCUAAAUAUCUUGUGCUCGGAAUACAGCACAGUUUUCGGUGGGCUCAUGUGUUGUGUUUACUGCCACUGAGGAGAAAUAAAUCUGGCCAGUGAACAGUGUUUCUUGGCAUGUGCUAAUGCUAAUGGACCUUUCACAGAGAAUACGGUUUGCGAAAAAGUUAAUCUAGUUAGAUCUUUGGGCGCAGUGCCCCGCAAGCUGUGCGAUCCACUGCACUUACGCGCUGCACUGCACUUGCACUUUGCUCAGCAAAGCAAAAAACUGUUGUUGCGCCGCAAAAGCCAUUUGAAAUAAUCAGUUUCAGAGCGCAGUAAUGCCGUCGCUGUGUUCUGUGUGAAAGGCCCAUAACGCUACUAGCAGGAGUCAAUCAUAAACUGUAGAAAAUGUGGACGUAGUCUCCGUGACGUCACCCAUAGGUUUCGGAAGAGCCGUUGUGAAGCUCAAAGUGGGUGACUCCGGCCGUCGCCAUCUUGGCAGCAUACUUGCCAUCCCUGCCGACGCUCCUGUUUUUCAUUGCCCUAUCCCGGUUUCCUCCCGGGGUCACAAUCCUCCCGCAUUUCUCCAGAUUUAUGGCAGUUUUUCACACUUUUUUUUCCCCUUUUCCUUAUCUCAACCUGUUUCUGGCACUGCACAGCGUGUAUAAGCCAUAAAACCUACUGUUGUCCACCGGGACGGCAAUAGAGCUACACCAAAUAUCUUUUCCCGGCGGAGGAGAGCUGCUUAUUCAGGGUUUUUUUUCCUGAGAAUUAAAAGUAAAAUUAAAAGUAGGCCUAUAUAACAAAAAAUGCUGUUGCAGUGCAUUUACUAUUUUGUUAUUUUCAUUCUUUACAAAAUCACCAGAAUGCAGGAAACAAAGUCUCUGAAAGGACCCCCAGACCUCCCACUUUGGUUUUGAAAUCAUCCCUAUUUUUGAGGUCUCAAGGUUGGCAAGUAUGGACGGCAGUGACGACUCAGCCUAACUCCCGACUAAUCAAAAAACGUGCAAAGAGGUGGAUCGUCGGUGGAGCUGAGGUGGGCCAGGGUGACGCAGUAGAGCAGACUUUCAAAUCCAAGCAGAUAGAUACAAAAAAAUGACCUAUAUCAACAUCAUAUGCCAUCAAGAAUCUAUGUGAUUACAGCACAUGAAAAAUAAUGUAAUAUGUAGUUCAGGACCCAGCUUGACUUCAUGUUGCUGUUUAACUGAGCUUCAUCAAUCUUGUCCACAGUGAGCUUAACUGUUUGAGCUGAGUUCGGUCCGGCGGCAGAAGCGAAACCCUGAAAGUGAAGUUUGGCCAUAUUCUCAGAACCCGUCACCUUUUUCAUCCCGCAGUUUGCAGUUUUUAUAUAAACAAUCAAUACGACUGUUGGUGUGGAUAUAGCAUUUUGCCCUGCAGCUCUUAGUUUGUUGCCAUCCCUGUUUUGACCAGACUGUGAACUGAAUCCCUUUUGGCCUUACAGUCUCCAUCAUUAUUCUUUGAUUAACUCAGUGUGUUUGAGAAGUGGACUUCAGUCUCACAGUCAGAUUGUAGCUAAAAUGAUCCCGUCUGUUCACAUCUGUACUGCUGUUAGAUAGAAUAAAGCCAACUUUUUGAGGGCGCUCGCCCGCUGUGUGUCUGUCUGUACAUUCAAUUCAGGGCCAGUGAAUCAUCAUUCAAAGUACUGUACAUGUAAAUGUGCUGGAGCAUCAUCCCACAGAGAGAUAAUUAUCAUUCUUUUCACAUCUUUAUACACACACACACGCACACACACACACUCCCUAACAUUGUUGUGUCUCCUUUAAUACCGAUGGAUGUUGUUGUCUAGACUGUACCCGAAGCUGUAUUUGUUCACGCACACACCGCAUCGUGUAACUCGUUUCUUUGUACAAUGUUCAUUAUGAAUGUUUGCUUGUCGAACUUGCUCGCUGUCACAUUUGUCCCUCUUCUGAGGCGUCACGGUGAUCACAAAGUGCCAUGAAAAAGUGCUUUGUUAUCAUAUUAUAUAUAUAAAAAAGUAUAUUUUGUACUGUA